GUGAUUGCUCCAUAAGAUUGAAAUAUAGCCCCACAUUAUGUAGAUUAUACACUAAACCAAAAAUGCAGAUAACCUAGAAGAGUCAUAUUCGUGAUCUACUGUAAAGAAUAUUGUCGAAAAUCAUAGCUAUUUUGGAACUUAGCGACAAAUGAAAGGAAGGGCGAUAUGCCUGCGCCUCACUGUGCCCCAAGGAGACCAUCUCGCCGGUGGGGAGCAGCUGCAGGCACCCGAGGCUGGUGGAGGUCCCCGGCCACUGCUGCAGGGAGUGGAUGUGCGACUCCUACUCUGGACCAGUUGACGUCAGAUGCUUCAAACGAUCCUGAGGAGGCUGAAGAAGAACUGUACACAUUGAUGUAUUAUGCCAAUGAUGUUGUACUCUCUUUGUUAAUGAAUGCUUGUAAACUGAAAUAUGGUUAA